ACGUUUGUAACGUUUGACACUUGUAGUUGAUAAAACACGUUAUAGGAGGUCGUAUCGUACCUGACGUUAGAUUGUGAUUCUGUUGCCAAACGCAAUUUAACCGACGUGUGAACUGGGCAUCAAAAGUUCGCUUGCUGAAAUAGACCUGAUUUAGCAGAGCGCUUUUCCGGUUACCGUUGUAACUUUUAGUGGAGACGUUAAACUGUAACUAAGGAGACAACGAUUGAGUUCAGCGGCGGGAGAAUAAAUGUAACGCGGCGCCUUCGAGCAUCUUACCUGAGUGGCGGUUUGGGAGCCACUGCUGGUCUCAUCGUUUGAACAUGGAGAGACGUAACUUUGGAAAAGAAAGACUAAUAGUUCCCACUGAUUUUACGUCCCCUGCGGUUUCAAGGAAUAUCCAAGAGGACCUGGUGCCCCCAUCGCAUUUUACAUCAAGUCUGCAGUCUGCUGGAGCACACGGAGGCGUUCAAAUGGCAGUGACGGCGCCUCCUGACCCUUGGAUUAACCCCGGUAUGACGUCACUACAACCAGGGGAUCCCAGUCCCAACAAUCAAUGGCUCGCCAUCAGGCAGGCCCGACAGGAAAACUUGGAUCUCAGAAGGGAAAAUCAAAGGAUCCUGAUGUUACAAGGUGGCGUAAGCGGGAGAAACCCUGUGGAUCACCAGUCGGACCUCAGGCCAAGGUGUGCAGAGGGAGGAGCCCAGCGGUCCAGAUGGGAGUCUGAGUGGCGUUUGGAGGCGGAUAAGUACAAGGCCGAAGCUGAGAGGUUAAAGGGGCAGGUGGAGGCUCUGAAGGAGACUGCAGCGAGACACAGGGAAGAGAUGAGAGACCGAGACGGCUCCCUGAACAGAACAAGCCAUGAAUUGGAAGCAAUGCGUGAAGAGCUAUGUAGGGCUAAGACUGAAAUCAGCCAAAUUCGAGGGGAGCUUUCUCACGGCAGUGCACAGAAGGAGGAAAUCGGGUCACAGCUCGCGAGACUAAAGAAGGAAUCGGGUGAACAAAUUACAGAACUGAGACAAGACUUGAUGUGCAGCAAAGCAGAAGCCCAGGAGCUCACUCUAAAGGCUGAAAUGUGGAGGUUACAGGCUGCAGCGGAUGGCAAACAGCAGAUUCUUGCACUGUCUGGACAAUUGGAGGAGAUACAGAAGAGGCAUAAAGUGGAGCUGCUACAGUUGAACAAUUCUCAUUGUGCAGAGUUGGCUGCAGCAAGAAGUUCAAACCGUGAACUACAGGACAGACUUGAAUCGAUGACCUCUGGAGUGUUACAGCUAAAAAGCACUCUGAUGGAGGUAUCUGCUGAGAGAGAUGGGCUGAAAGAACAUUUAAGCCAAAUGGGACAAGCGUUUGAGACCCAAUCGGCAACACUGAACAGCCUCAGAAAUUACAUCGGCCAGCUCGCCCCGGAAAAAGAAGAGAAGGAACAAUUAAACGAAGCUGUUAAGAAGCUGAGAAAAGAGAAAGCGGCUCUUCAGAUGACCACAGAGCUUUUGACAGUUCGGUUCAAUUCUGUGAGUGAGAUACUCACCCUCCAAGAAGAGAAAAUAGGGAAAAAGACCUCCACCGAUCCGCUUGGGAAGAAUGAAUCAGAAGGGCUUCAAGUGCUCCGGCUCUGGAGGGACAAAGUGUUUAAGUUAUGCGUCCAACUUCGCUCAAAGGACAUUGAACUAAGAGGAGAAAAGGAUGAAGUUCUCUCAAAAGUCAAGCUCCUCGAGCAGGAGCUCCAGCAGGAGCAGCACCGAGCUAAUGUGCUCCAACACAGUCUUGAUGACAGGAUCGCAGAGCUAGACCUGGAGCGACUGGAAAAGGAGACAUUGAAACGGGACUUCGCACUGGAGCAACAAGAAAACUCACAGCUUAAGUCACAGAGCGAGAGAGAAGAGGCUGAACUAAAAGUCCUGACCGAGGCAGUUCGCAGGUUUAGUUUCGCAAUUGAAGGCAAGGUGGCAGAAAUGGACACCACUCAAGCAAGGCUCAACACUCUCACGCAGAGGCUAACCUUUGCUAAAAGACAAGUGGAGACAAUACAAGGUUUGACCAUGAGGAAGGUGGCUCUGCAGAAAGCUAAGCAGGCCAGUAAACCGACAGAGCAAACUGAUGACCGCAUCACAGACCUUCAGGCGGAGCUUCGUGGGGUGUGUGAGGAGAGAGACAAGCUCACACAGGAGCUCAAAAGAACCCCUGAGCUCAUCGAGAAAGCUCUGGCUGACCUGAAAGAACAGCAUGAAAGCAAACUGAGGUGGCAGCAGCAGCAGCUGGAGCAGAGCCGGGCGGAGGUGCGGCAGGCUUUGGCUGGCGGCGCCGAGGCAGAGCGGAGCCUGCAGCAGAUUCAGGCCCAGCUGGAGGAAAGCAAGGUCAACCUGGAGGAACUCCGCUCCGAGCUGCUCAGCCAGCAGGAGCACAGCGAGCGCGCCCUCCAGCAGAGAGUGUCUGAGCUCGAGGACUGCUGUGCCGAGAAGCUGAGCGAGAUGGAGGUUCAAGUCAAAACUGCCAAGAGAGAGCACACCAAAGCAGUAAUGACUUUGCGGCAGUUUGAAAGAGACGCAGCCAGGAAAGAGGACAGAAUGAGAGGAACCCAACAACAGAAAAAGAGGGAUAUCCCGAUUAAACAACAACCGCUGCUGGCCCCCGUCGCUGCUGAGAGACGUUUGACAAGUGAGCGUGCAAGAACUCACACAGCAGCUAGAGAACAUCGGAAAAACCCUUCAGAGAGGAGUCAUUGUGUGUUACCUGCAGACGGGCGACUGCUGUCUGUUUUGGAGGAGCUCCAUUCUCUCAGUGCGGCCGUGGUAAACAGCUCUGAGGACUCGGCGGAGGAGGACGAGGGACCGAAUGACAACGUGGGACCGUCAACAGGCCGCACAGCUGAUACCUGAUGAUGAAUCACUGGAAUGAACUCCCCUUACAUUUGUUUGAUAAACAUAUCAGAUAAACCACGCAUGUCAAUUUGAUACUGGGUGUACAAGAGAUGUUUAGUGGAGACUCAUUUUGCAGAUACAAAUUCAAGUUUUGUCAAAUAAUUAAUAUACUUUUUACAGGAUAACUAUUGAUUCCCCAGAAUACUGGAAAUGUGUUGAUGGACCGAGUUGUUCCCAUUGAGUCACUACAAUGCUAUCCAGUCUCAAUUGUGGCUAUGUAAAAUAAAGGAUAAUAUUUAUGAAAGAUAACUGAAAAAA